ACACAGAGGCCUGCGUUUCUUGAGGAGACUAAGCUAGAAGUUGAGGAGACGUGAGAAGAGCGCUGGCACAAUGCAGUCCUUGUUCUGGAGCCUCAUCUACUGCUUCUCUGUGUCUUCUGUAUCAGCAACGUACAGACUAAAUGGAAUGGACGCUCUUCAGAUUACAGCUCAAAGUCAUGCUCAAAGCAGAAAUAUUGCCCGACCACCGCAGAGGACAUUGAACAUUGCAAAAACAGACUCUCAGUGCAGGAGCCGUCCUCUCGACCUGGUCUUCAUCAUUGACAGCUCUCGCAGUGUGCGCCCCGGCGAGUUUGAGAAGGUCAAGAUCUUCCUGGCAGACAUGGUGGACACCCUGGACGUGGGCCCUGAGGCUACCAGAGUAGCCGUGGUGAACUACGCCAGCACAGUCAAGAUUGAGUUUCUGCUGAAGGCCCACCUAAACAAGCCGGACAUGAAACAGGCCAUCUCCCGCAUAGAGCCCCUGGCGGCAGGCACCAUGACCGGACUGGCUAUCAAGACGGCCAUGAACGAGGCCUUCACCGAGCCAUCUGGCGCCCGGCCACGGUCCAAGAAUAUCUCCAAGGUGGCUAUUAUAGUGACGGAUGGGAGACCCCAGGAUCAGGUGGAGGAGGUGUCAGCAGCUGCCCGGGGUUCAGGCAUCGAGAUCUAUGCUGUCGGGGUAGACCGUGCCGACAUGCGUUCUCUGCAGCUAAUGGCUAGCAUCCCUCUGGAGGAUCACGUCUUCUACGUGGAGACGUAUGGCGUCAUCGAGAAGCUCACCUCCAAGUUCCGUGAGACCCUGUGUGGUCUGGACCCCUGUGCCAUGGGACACGACUGCGAGCACAUAUGCAUCAACAGCAACUCAUCCUUUUACUGCAAGUGCCGGAACGGCUAUAUCUUGAACCCGGACCAGAAAACAUGUUCCCUGAAACAGGUGAACGUGGAGGUGGUUGAGGACCCCUGUAAGUGUGAAGCCAGAUUGGCCUUCCAGAGACAGACGCAGGCUGCCCUCCAAGAACUCAAUGCCAGACUAGCUGACAUGACAGGCAGAGUGAAACAGCUGGAGGGGAUGAUGGGCCGUGCAUAGAAGACACAGGCCUGGGUCAGGAACGCCUGAGACUUUCCUGCUAGCGUCACAGCCAUGGACCGUUGCAACACAGGCAUUUAGCCUCCCACCCCACCCGUCAUGUAGAAGUAAUCUUCCCAUCCCCUUAUGUGUCUUGGGCACUUGAUUUCCACCAGAAAAUCUUUAAUGCUUGUUUGUUUAUUAUUUACUGUAUAUGUUUAGCAGUUAACUAAAAGUUAACUGCUAAAGUGGUUGUAAAAGAUUGAAUUUAAUUGAUUGUCUCAAUAAUUUCUUUAAGCUACAUCUGUGCAUAGGGCAUUAUGUUUGAAUGGUGUUUUCGGAAAACCUAAAGUACAAACUGUAUAAAAAGUAAUAAAAUAUAUUGUUUGUUUACAUUGUACGCAUUGUACAUCUAAGAGUGAAGAAUAUACAAGGGAGGUACAGUUUGAUCUGCCAUUAUAACUGUGUUCAUUCAUAUGUAAUAGCAGCAUUACUGUGUAUUUCAGGACCUACAGUAUGCUUCUCUGUCAAUAUAGAAAGUCAAAUAUCUUCCUCUAGAAAUGAUUUUUCUGUUAAUACUAUGUUAAAAUGUACUCUGAAUAUACGAAAA